AUGUCCGUGAACGCCUCAUUUCCACCACCUAACUCCCACAAUCCACCGCGGUCCUCCACAUUUGGAUAUUGUAGAAGUGUCAAACCCAAGAUGGCUCUGCACCGGCUAUUCCAGCUGUCCUCCGUGCUGCGCUCCGCCGUCAGCCUGACCCUGCGCAGGAACAUCGGCCUCUCUGCGGUGCUCUUCAACCGGGCCAAGGAGCUCGACCCGAUCCAGAAGCUGUUCCUGGACAAGAUCCGGGACUACAACACCAAGAGCAAGUCUUCAGGUGGCAUCGUGGAAGCAGGACCUGCCUACCAGAAGAACCUCAGUGAGGAGGUCACCAAGCUGGAGAGGCUGUAUGGUGGAGGAGACCUCACCAAGUUCCCUGACUUCAAAUUCUCAGAUCCCAAGUUUGAUGAAUCGACAAAGUGAACAGUUUCCAUGUUGUAUUGUAUCUCCUACAUGUCACAAAAAUGUUGUAUUUAAUAAAAAGAUAGUGGUUUGAACCAUUA